CUGACGUAGAGCGGAAAAAAAAGCGCAAAAUUCGGAAAUCAUUAAAAAGCAAGCAUAAGGAAGUUUGAAUCAUUCGCGGGCGCGUGAUUGUGGGCUUCGAAAGUGAAUGCACUUGGCACCUCCGCACCCGAAAUCGGAUUCUCGAACGGAUUCUGAUUUAUCGCCGGCCGGUCUUUGUUUGUGCGUAUCUGUGCCAACCAGAAUGUGGGCGUGUCCGCCUCCGCCCCCGCCGCGCCAUAGAGUAAAGUGUUGCGAAGUGAAGUGCGAGAAUGCCCGCCCUCGAUUUCCGCAAGAGUGCUGUGAAAUCCUGUGAGCCACGAUUGUGAGUGCAAUGUGUCUUUUGUAAAUCAAGGAAAAUCACAUUUUAAAUUGCUGCGCAUUAGAACGGAUGCAGAUACAGAUACAAAGGCAGGGCCACUAGGAGGCAGCCAGGCAAGAUCGAAAGUCAAACGCCGUCAAACGUUGAUUGCGUCGUCGGCGUCGUCCUCGUCGUCCUCGUCUACCCACGAAACGUGGGAAAUGAAAAGAACGGAGGAGGACGUGAAGGAUUUGACUGAUGUGAAUGGAGUGAAAGAUGUGACCUGGCCGGGGUACCACCCCUUCCCUUGGAGGCUGGCACGUGCUAUUGUCUGCCCCCAUCUAUUUCAAUUUGAUUAUAUUGAAGAGCAUAUGAUGUAAUAUAUGGAAAUGUAAUCUGAUUAGAGGCUGGCUAAGCUGAGCCCCUCCCUGGAAUCGUGCUGCUCCAUGGAUUUAAAAACUCAUUAAUGUGCAAAGACCCUGGCUGCUGCGGUUGGCCUGCCAAAUAAAGCAAGAAAUAAGUUAAAACAUACGUUCUGUGCGGUCUGACUCGGUGGAAUAGAUCAAAUCCUGGCCAACUGGCGGAGCAGCCCAGUCACGUCCGCACCACCACAACUACUGCUCCUCCGGCACAGUGCGGUAUGCAAAUUCAACCGAGAAGACUUCAUAAAAGCAAUGCAAAUAAUUAAAUAACAGCGCAAAGAGCAAACAGCACGCAGCAGCAUGACAUGCUACUCGAGUCGGCGAAACUUGGAUUAACUAGCUGCGCGAAAUAAAUACGAAAUACGAAAUACCAAGCACCAAGCACAAAACACCAAAUACGAAAUCCGAACGCUAAUCCCAAACCAAUCCCAGCUCCGUUCCGCCCAGGUGCGACAUCCGACAGUUGCCGAUGCCCUCGCCCAGCGGAAUGUCCUGGCGGCAGCGGGAGCGCGGCGCGGGAGGAGCGCCAGGUGGACGAGGGGCAGGCAUCCUGGCCGGGAGCGGGAGGAGUCCGGGAACUGCCAGCAUACUGCUGGCGUUUCUGGCAGCUGUCAGCUUUCGUGGCAUGCGAGCGCCGCUGGCAGCCACGGCCACUCCGAUGGAGAAUGCCUCGCUAAUUGCCUCGCCUGCGACGGGGACAAGCACAAUGGGAUCGGCAGGAUCUCCUGUCCUGAUGCUGGGCGAUGACCAACAGCAGCAGGAGGACGACACAACCGUGGUGGAUUCGUGGAGCGACAGGCCGGACACUGCGACGCUAACAAAGGGUUUCUCGAUUCCCACGUACUUGCCGCCCUUUCCGGAAUUCAUACCAGCCGAUUUGCCGCACAUGUUGCGGAAUGCCUCCUCCGGAGCAGCUCCUCCCGCGGACAACAGCCCGUCCGGCAGUCCGAUGCCAUCUAAGCCCAACGAGCAGUCGCGUCUCCACGCCUACGACAGCGAACAAAAGGCACAGCAGCUGCGGCGCGAGAAGGAGCUGGCCAAGGAACGGGAGCUCCUGCCCCGCCGCCAGCUCAGCCUGCCCCCGCUGAACGCCACCGUCCAAGCUGGCCAACAUGCCUAUCUGCCGUGCAAGCUCAACCAGCACUCCGGAAAACCGCUCUCCUGGGUUCGGUUGCGGGAUGAACAUAUCAUUGCCGUGGAUCACACAACCUUCAUCAACGACGCCCGGUUCGCCACGCUGCUCCAGUCUUCCACCUCGACGACACUUGUAUCCGGAGGGGCCCUGUCCACCACUGCGACGCCCGCCGCUGCCCUGGGCAACUCAUCCGCCCACGCUGUUCCUGGGGGUCAGGAGAGGGGCAACAGCAGCAGCCUCAGCUGGACCCUGCAAAUCAAGUAUGUGAAGCUGGAGGACGCUGGCUGGUACGAGUGCCAGCUGGCAACGGAGCCCAAAAUGAGCGCCAAGGUGCAGCUGUUUGUGAUAACACCCCGAACCGAGCUAAUCGGCGAUCGGCAGCGCUUUGUGAAGGCCGGCAGCAGGGUGGAGCUGCACUGCAUCGUACGUGGCACCCUGGAGGCCCCCAAGUAUAUCUUCUGGUACCGCGGCGACCAGCAAGUGACUGCCGAAAACGAGGCCAGCGGCGCCCAGAGCGGAUGGUACACGCAAAUCGACCGGAAUAUCUUCGGCAGCACCGAGCACAAUCGGAACACGAUUGGUUCCCUGGUCAUUCCUCUGGUGCGCAAGAUUCACUCCGGCAACUACACGUGUGAGCCGGAAAACAGUGCGGCAGCUUCUAUGCAAUUGCACGUCCUGAGCGGGGAAUACUCCGCCUCCGCCAUAAAGUCGACUGCUGCUGGGCCCCACAGACUGGGUCACGGGUACACCAGUCUACACCAGUGGCUAAUCUUUCUUUUGGUGGCCCUGAACAAGACAUGAUUACUCCUCGGAGUCCUGGGAGAAGUCCCACCAUGAGAGCGCUGGAAUUAUCAUAUGAUCGGGUGUUUGUCUAAGACAUUAGUUUAAUCUCUAGGUAAAAUGCACUUUCAAGCGAUUACUUGUUUAUUCUGCUGAUAUUUCUUAAAGUUUAAGCCGAACUUUCCGAACAAAACCAAAAACUUUUUUAUACAAAUUCUAGACAUAACAAUGUUUUCUUUACUCUAGUAAUAGGCCUAGUUCACUAAGUAUUAAAAUAAGCCACUAACUUUGAGUAACAACCGUUUAUUUGUUAUUUGCGUAAACAAAGCCAAAGGCGUAUUGUUUUCAAAUGAUUGCAGAUUUUAUUUCUUCGUAGGAAUUCUUAAAAUUUAUUUAUCAACAUAUUUAUUAAGAAACUCUGUUUGUCAUUUGAAAUUGCACUAAAAACCACACAUUAAUUUUCCCAUUAAAUUGUAAAAAGAACAAAACUUGAAGAAAAGUGAACUAUCUUAGCAAACAAGUAUUUCAACUUUUAAGGAUGUAAAGCAACUGAUACUUAAUAAAGAACUAAUUGUUAAAAUCUU